AUGACCGCACCAGGUGCAGACCCCCUGGGCGCCGUGCGAGAUCCGCUGAUGGUGGCUGGUGGUGCCACCAGGUCAGCGCUGGUGUACCGAUGCACUCCUGUGGACGAGGCCGACCUUGGGGAUAUGGGUCAUGGCCAUCCGGGCACUCCAGGACUCAGAGGGGACAGAAGCGUGGUGGAGACUCGCAGGAGGGUCUGGCGGUCGGACCCGCAGCUGCUGGCGCAGUUCUACCACGCGGACGAGGAGCUGAGCCAGGUGGCCGCCGAGCUGGACAGUCUGGACGGGCGGAAGGACCCCCAGCGCUGCACGCUGCUCGUCAGCCAGUUCCGCUCCUGCCAGGACAACGUGUUAAACAUCAUUAACCAGAUCAUGGAUGCGUGCAUCCCCCAGGACCGCGCCCCACGGGAUUUCUGUGUCAAGUUCCCCGAGGAGAUCCGGCACGACAACCUGGCCGGCCAGCUCUGGUUUGGCGCUGAGUGCCUGGCCGCUGGCUCCAUCAUCAUGAACCGCGAGCUGGAGAGCAUGGCCAUGCGGCCGCUGGCCAAGGAGCUGACCCGCAGCCUGGAGGACGUGCGAGGCGCCCUCCGCGACCAGGCGCUGCGGGACCUCAACACCUACACGGAGAAGAUGCGGGAGGCGCUGAGGCACUUCGACGUGCUGUUCGCCGAGUUCGAGCUGAGCUACGUGUCGGCCAUGGUGCCCGUGAAGUCCCCGCGGGAGUACUACGUGCAGCAGGAGGUCAUCGUGCUGUUCUGUGAGACGGUGGAGAGGUGA